GCCAAUCCAUAAACCCCAAACCGGACCUCCGCCCUCUGAAUGGCUCUUCAGAGUUCAGCUUCUGACGGCGACGGCAAGGCCGAUCGCUACACGGUCUUCAUCGAUACAAACCUCGACACUCACCUGGCUAUUAUCGCUUACGACGCCGACACUGUUUCUGAUCUCAAAAAGAGAAUUAUGUUGGAACACCCAUUGUGCUUUCCAAAGAUCGGACACAUACAGAUCCAUGCCAUAAAGGUAAAGCGCAAGGGCUACUUUUAUCACCUAUCAGAUUCCAUGAUGGUGAGAAGUGCCUUUAGUGGGUUCAACAGGAGCUGGUUUCUUAGUAUUGAUGCAUCUGCAGUAACAGAGAAUGAAAAACCCCAGAUUUCAGAUUCUCCUGAUUCUACUAACGAGUUAGCUUGUCAUGGCAUUGCAAAUAAUGCUUCAACUGGUGCUAUUGAUAUUCCUCUCUGUUAUCCUUCUAAAAGGGCAUCUGACGUCAACUGUUUCAAAUUGCCACAAUUAGAGAACGGACACGGUGAAAAGGAAGUUCCUCUUGUUAGCCCACGUGUGUCAGAACAUAGUGGAAAAGGGGUUGUUGAUGAAUUGGAGACAGGUGUCAAACUCUCUGGCGCUGGUGACACUCUGCCAACUGGUUUGAUUCCCGCAUGUGAGGGAGAUGGAUUCAGCAAAGGAAAUAAAGAUGAGAACAAUUUAUAUGAUGAAGGAACCUUAAAACCUUUGCCAGGUGCAAAGAAAAAACGCAAGAGUAUUGAGGAAAAGGAAGACACAGUACGGGAACAUGCUUGUAAGGACAAUAAUGCUUCUGUUCUGGGACCUGGUAUAUCAACAGCUGAGCAGGAAGGUAAUUUAGUCGCUGAAAACCCUUCAGAGAAUGCGAGCAGAGGUGAACUAGGUGGGAAUUCAAAGAAUACAAGUUUUGUAGUACAGAUGUCAAAUGAUGCAGUUAAGGAAACUGAAGCUCCAAAGGAGCAUGCUGAAUGCAAGGAUAACAGUAAGGAAAACAUUGAUGGUGAGUAUGUCAAGCCCAUGGCAGAGCCUUCACGUGAAUCUACUUUAAGUAAAAAAUAUAAGAAAAGAAAGAGAUCCUUGACUCUUGAUUUAGAAGAUGAGAUGCAGAAGGUAGACGAUGCAUGUCAGCAGGCUGAUGUACACAGGCCUGAUGAAGAGCAAAAGAAAAUUGAAGAACCAAGUGAACAGGUUGAAACUAACAAUGAUAAAUCUGGGGGUAGGAUUGAAUUUCAGCAUGAUAAGGUAUCUAAAGAACCUUCACAUGCUGGAUCUCCUGCAAAGAAAAAGCGGAAGGGAAAAGAGAGGGGUGGUUUUCAGAGUGCUUUGAAGGAAAAGAGAUCUUUGGUUGAUGAUUCUAAUAAAGAGAGCCUGAAGCCAGAGCAUGCAUCUCAGCACUCUUUGGAGGAUUUACCAAAGACUAUAGAUAGCAUUGCUGGCCAAUCAACGGAGCAAUGUGGUGAUGGUGAGCCACCGAGAACCAGUGUAAUAACUUCAAAGAGGAAGAGGAAGAAGAACUCAUCAAAUAAUCAAACAGACGCAAGUACUUCUUCCAGGAAUGAUGAUGCAGAGGAUUCCAGGAUAUAUGGUGAAGGUGUGCAGGAGGAAAUACUCAAAGACGGUCAAAUCUCUAGAGGUAACAGUGCCAGUAAUAAUGCUGGUGACAACUCGGAAAUCAUAACAAACACAGCCAAAGAAGUCACUAUGUCUAAAGUGACAAGAACAGGAAAUUCUAAGGAUCAUUGUUCCAUUGAUGUGAGAAUGCAUCCUUCUGAUUUGGAGGGGACAAAGGAACUAACUGAGGGUAACGGCCUCCACAUGCAUCAGAAGGUUGACCUUGGCCAUUGUCAUUUAAGUGAUGAUAGUCAGACUGUGCCGGCUGAAGAAGGAAGAAACCAUCUCCAUUAG